AUGGGUAAGAAAGAGCACGCAAUUUACUAUUUGAGCAUGAAGUUCACAGACUGUGAGACAAGGUACUCGAUGCUUGAGAAAACCUGUUGUGCACUAGCAUGGGCUGCCAAGCGCCUCCGCCAAUACAUGGUGAAUCAUACUACUUGGUUGAUCUCGAGACUGGAUCCAAUCAAGUAUAUCUUUAAGAAGCAUGUUGUGACCGGCCGGAUUACUCGUUGGCAAAUACUAUUAUCCGAGUAUGAUAUUAAGUAUCACACCCUAAAAGCUAUUAAAGGGAGUAUCCUCGCUGAUUAUUUGGCACAUAAGCCUGUUGAGGAUCCUCAAUCUGUGCAAUUUGACUUUCCUGAUGAAGAUGUUAUGGCUUUGAGAAUGAAAGACAAUGAUGAUCCAACUAUUGAAGAAGGUCCCGAGCCUAGAUCCAUUUGGGGUUUAAUGUUCGACGAUACUGUCAAUGCAUAUGGACAUGGCAUAGGAGCUGUAAUUAUUACUCCUCGAGGUUCACAUAUACCUUUCGCAAUAAGGGUAGAUUUUAAUUGCACCAACAACAUUGCAGAGUAUGAGGCAUGCAUCCUUGGUUUGGAAGAGGCUACUGAUAUACAUAUCAAAUUUCUUGAAGUGUUCGGUGACUCGACUCUUGUCAUCAAUCAGAUUAAAGGAGAGUGGGAAACUCGUCAUCCGGGUUUGAUCCCAUAUAAAGAUUAUGCCAGAAGAUUGUCUACUUUCUUUACUGAAGUAGAAUUCCAUCACAUCCCUCGGGACGAGAACCAAAUAGUAGAUGCUCUUGCUACACUAUCCUCCAUGUAUAGGGUGAAUUUGCAUAGAGAAGUGCCUUCCAUCAAUAUCCAGAAAGCAUAA